UGAAUAGAAAGUGAAAGGCAACAAGCAACCUAAGUUUUCAAAUCUGCAUAAAAAAGUUAUCUUCCGAAGACAUCCACCCACAAAACGCAGAGCUUCAUCGCCACAGGAAGUGCAGAGUGGGGCCAAGCGCCAGGCUGUGGCCCGGAGGGGACACAGGCUCCUCGGCAAACCUAUAAGAGAGCGCCGGCCAUAGGCUAGCCUUAGUUUACGCUCGAAAGUGGGCCACGCGUGGUGCAUUCCGACUUUUCUAUAUCUACUAACCUUUUAGUUUUAAAGAAAAAAAUGAAACGGUUCGCGGUUGUUGCCGUCGUCGUCCUUUUCGCCAGCGCUGUCUUCGCUGAAGAAGCGAAGAAGGAAGCUGAUGAUGACAAACCGAAGACAUACAAGAGACUCAUUCCUGCUGAUGUGCUUAGGGGAGAAAGCUUCGUCUGAACAGACUGUUCCAGAAUCUCAAUAUGAUAGGAACAAAAAGGAGUAACGACUUGCCACAAUACUUCCCCGGUAUGUGCUUCGCGUCAACGAAGUGCGCCACGGUAGAGCCUGGCAAGACCUGGGACCUGACUCCAUUCUGCGGUAGGUCAACCUGCGUCGUCUCCGAAGACAAGCCACCACGUCUCUUGGAGUUGGUAGAAGAUUGUGGACCACUCCCAUUGGCCAACCCCAAGUGCAAGUUGGAUGAAGAGAAAACCAACAAGACAGCUCCCUUCCCAGGCUGCUGUCCUCAAUUCAAAUGCGAAGAUGGCGCCAAGCUGGAGUACCCUGAAAUCCCUACCGUUGCCCCAGUACCAGAAGAGUCAGCACCUGCUGUUGCUUCCUCAACACCAAAAGCUUAAAAAGCACACUCUAGACUUUUAGCUAAAAUGUCUGUCGUUUAAUUUUCUAGUUUAUAUUCUACUUAAUAUGUCUUUCAUUUUCCCUUGUACAGUACUCGAAGAUGAAAGUGACAAUAGACAUCUAAUAAUAUUAUCGAUUAUAUAAUGCCUCACAAAAGAAUUAUUUAUGUAAUCGUUACUUCAUUAUGUUGUCGAUUAACAAAUACAGCCUUAACGACACAUUCAAUUUCAAUUACUGUACACGUUAUUCUUCCUGUUCCGUUUUACCCUUAUUCCCUGUUUUUUAUUUUCUAAUUUAUUCCUCCGCCCUCCCUCGAAAAAAAUUAUUGGAUGUAAAAAAAUCUAAAAAAAUUAAACCGAAGUCUAUUUAUUUUUUUGUACCUUUUUAUAGCUGUAGCUUUUUCCUUUCUCGUGUAGACUCAUUCCUUCUGUUUUACUAUUUUUGUGAUCCCGCUUAAAAACAAUAAGAAACAAAGUAGGUCCAACAAUUGUGAUAUAUUUUUUAACUCCUAUAUUUCAGGCACUCAUUGUAUUUAGGCAAAAUUGCUGUAAUAGAUUCCUGUAAUAGUGUGGAAAGUAAUUUAUUAAAAAUGUUUGAUAAAAGGG